GAAAACUUUGGAGGAGGAGGAGGGGGCAAAGAGCUACAGAAAGGGCCAAGGAAGGUUCUUUUCUGCAUCAAAUCCAGUUCUUUAAUAAGUGCAUAUCUUUGUUCUCUUUCUCCUCUCCUUUCCUCUCUUUCUUUUUCUUCAACAUUUCCACUUAAAUUCAACCUCAUUUUUCUUUCUACAAUUACUGUAAUUUCCCCCUGUAAAUCUCAAUUCUGUGUUUUGAGUUUCAUGUCUAGGCCAUUUCAGCAUGAUUACAUAGGGUUUUCAGAGGUUUCUUCCAUGGAAAACUCUGUCAAAUCACCCAAUUUCUCUUUAAAAACUGAGCUGAGUCUUGGGUUACCAGGUUCUGAGUCACCUGAAAGGAAACCUGGUUCUUAUGGGGUUACUAUUUUUGGCAAGGAUUUUGAAGGAAAAUCCCAAAAUGGGUAUUCAAUUUGCUCACCUAAAUCUUCUGCUUCUGGGGCAAAAAGGGGGUUUUCUGAUGCAAUUGAUGGUUGUGAGAAAUGGGUUUUUUCUAUUAAUGGAAAUUCUGACCCUAAUUUGAGUAAAGAUGGUGCUAAAAAUGGUAAGAAUUUUACUUGUGUGGAGAACAACAAUGUCCCUUCUUCUCCUAAACCUGUUCAGGAUAAGCAACCUCAGCUUUCUGCUGCUAAUGAACUUGCUAGUGCUCCUGCUGCCAAAACACAGGUUGUGGGAUGGCCACCAAUUCGAUCUUUCCGAAAGAAUACUCUGGCGUCUUCUUCUCCGAAGAACAAUGGUCAUACAGAGGAGAAAUCUGUGUGCCUCUAUGUGAAGGUUAGCAUGGAUGGUGCUCCAUACUUGAGGAAAGUUGACCUCCAAACUUACAGAAACUAUAUGGAACUUUCUUCUGCUUUAGAGAAGAUGUUUAGCUGCUUUAUAACUGGUCAGUAUUGUUCCAAUGGCCAUGGAAAACAGGAUGCAGAUCUCCAAAAUGCUGAAUAUGUGCUGACGUAUGAAGACAAGGACGGCGAUUGGAUGUUAGUUGGUGAUGUGCCCUGGAGGAUGUUCACAGAAAACUGCAGGAAACUCCGGAUUAUGAAAGGAACAGAAGCUAUUGGACUAGCUCCUAAUGCAGCUGAGAAGAGCAACACUGAAGCCUAAGAACGGCUGCAAGUAAGGAGGCGUCUAGUGGAACACCGGGAGCCUUCAAGAGGUUUUGAAAUUUAGGGAGUGUUGUGAGUUUUUUUUACUAGAUUUGUUGAUUGUGAAAAAAAAAAGAAUGUGUCCUAGAUAAAAAAAAAAAAAAAAACAUUGUUGUAGACAUUUCAAGCUUUUAUAUUAACCUUCUGAGUUCGGGUGUGCA